UUUUAUUCCUGACAGAGCGCUUCAAUGUCCGUUUAUUUUUGGUUUGCCGCUAUUUAUCACCACAAGCAAAAACAUCACGCCACUGGGAUUAACCUGAAGCUCACCUCAUGAUUAACGACGCUGCCGUCCACUGUCUUAAGGUGGGCCUACGUUCAUGGGUACUUGUCUAGUGGUUCUGGAGUUGAUGUUGCUGAGAUAACCGAGACGCCGAUUUCUACGAUGGCCUCUGUCAGCAUCAUGGUCAAUUACAGCUGGCCCGAGCCCGAACCAGGCCAAUCAACGUGCUGGCCCGAACCAGGCCAAUCAACGUGCUGGCCCGAACCAGGCCAAUCAACGUGCUGGCCCGAGCCCGGCCCGGGCCCACAGUCAAAAGUCCGAGCCCAUCCCAGGCCUGGGCUUUCGGCUCAGCAAAGUCUGCGGAUCUGGUUAUGCUUCCUGUACGAGGCAGAUCACGAAGCGGUUGCUGACUGGUCAGUUGCGAGAAAAUUUUUGUGGGAAGGACGUAAGAGAAAGUUGACAUUCAGGAACCUUCACCUUGCUGAGUGCAUCAUAAAUGCAGUGCAGAGCUGCCAUAAAUGUGAAGACUUCAAGUUAGAAACCAUGGCCACGGAUUAACUUCGCCACGCACCUGCCUGACAUCAGU